ACGCUGCAAAAUGUUUUUAUCCCUGGGGGGAAUGGAGGCGUGUUUUUACUGUAUGUACGAGUCAGGAAGCACUAGUGUCUACUUUACACUGCAGAGUAUUUACUUCUUCAUAUUUUCUCAAAACCUAAACGUGUCACUCGACUCUGACUGACUGUGUCCAGGACACACUGGGACCACGACCAUGACAGUGUUUGAGAACUGUACUGUGGUGUUAGAUGUGAAGAACCUGCCUUUUAAAGAGAAGAAUAAACUGAGAUUAGCUCUUCUGGAGAAUGGAGGAAACAUCUCAUAUGUCAUCAAUAAAGAGUGCUCUUUUGUAGUCACUAGCAGUGUGAAGGAUCUGAGCGGUAACCGGCGGCGCAGCAUCCAGAAGCUGCAGAUCCCAGUGGUCGGGACGCAGUAUGUGUGGAGCUGUCUGGAUCAAGGGCUUCUCCUGUCAUUGACGGAGCAUAAUUUGACCCCAGAGCUGCAAUACCCCGGCUCUGAAUUCCUCCCUCCUUCAGGAAAAGAGAAGUUCAAAGGUCACCCUGAACUCCCAAAGACUGAAGCUGAGAUUCUUCAGAAGAGUGGACCCCGUCCUGGAAGGUUCAGAGUUUACAAAGAAGGCGACCAUGACCUGCCUGAAUUUCCUUCGUAUUUUCAAGUGGCCAAGUAUUCAGUUUUUGAGAGGGUCAAUCCCAAGACUUUGUCUGUUCUGGAGCUGCAGAGUGCCAAAGGCCGAGCAGGCCAGCAGUAUCGUGUGUUGUGUUCAGUCUUGCGUGAAGCUGAGUCCGCAGUGGUUCAGGACAAGCUUGUGUUCUGCGUGACGUCUGAAGAUGCUGUGGAAGCGUAUCUACAGCUGAUGAAGGAGAUGGAAACAGAGGGAUUCACAAAGACACACACACUUUCCCCGGAAGUUGAGCGCUUGGCAUCCUACAACCUGCAGCAGCUGCUGUUGGAGGAGAAGCUGAACUGCAGCACUGUGUCGCAGGAAGUUGGUGUCUUUGUGGAGCUGGUUUGGACUGAAGCUCUCGGUUCCCUUUAUAACAUCCUAACAGUCCCUGUCUCCAGAAUCAGCCUCAAUGAUGUGAGCAGGGUGGAGGGAUUGUUACUGCAGGCACAAAAGACUGAGAAAGAGGAGGAAGUCAAAGCCCUGCUGGAGGAGGUCAACACUCUUCUGCCCCUCAGAAUGAUCGACCCUCCUUCCAAACACAAGCUUGUGUCUCAGAAACUGGACCUUUGUCAGCUGAUCAGAGAUAUUGUAAAUGUGAGUGAGGCCACUCUGGGAAGCCCCUCAUCGUCGUCUCUGGGGAAGUAUCGGGCUCUGAGGUGUAGCAUUGAGGUUGUUCCACCACAAAACCCUGAGUUUCAUGUUGUCUCUCAACUGCUUCAGGACAGGCCUUUCCAGAUUCAGCAGAUACUGCGUGUCAACAGAGGAGUGGAGCUUCAGAUGUUUAGGGAGGAUUUAGGCAACAUUAAACCCCUCCUCCACUCCACUAGUCCCAGCAGUUUUGUUGGAAUACUGUCACGAGGUCUGUUGCUGCCCAGGGUUGGAGUCGAACAGCAUGGAAUUGAGAGAACGGAUAUCGGGAAUCUCGGAGGAGGAAUCUACUUCAGUGACUCUCUGAAGACUAGUGUGAAAUACUCCAAGCCCAGUGUGACUGACGGCUCUCGGCUGCUGUUGGUGUGUGAAGUGGCAUUGGGUCGGUGUAAGGACCUGCUGAAGAAAGACAGCACUUUGACUUGUGCUCCUGACGGUUACCACAGUGUACACGGAGUCCAACGCUCUCCAAACAGACUCUCUGAAUUUGAGGAUGAUGAGUUCGUCGUCUAUAACACAGAGCAGAUCAGACUGAAGUAUGUGGUACAGUACAGUCUGGAGGGAGACGAGUUAAAAGAGUUCCAGCCUCAAAUCAACAUUCAGCUCACACAGCUCACCGACACAACACCUGAUUUCUUGCCCGGUGAUGACAGUGAGGAUUUGGAGUCCAUUAAGAAUCCUCUGGAGGAGAUGAACGCAGGUUUGCUGGACAGCAGUGGUCAGAAACUUCCUCUACAGGCUGUCAAUGUGAGGUGCAAGCUGAUGGACCUGCUGUGUCAGGUCAUCAUAUUCCAGACCUACACAAACCAGAGUGCUGCUCCCAUUGAAGCAAAGUAUGUCUUUCCACUGGAAGAGACUGCAGCGGUGUGUGGAUUUGAAGCCUUUAUCAAUGGAAAACAUGUCAUUGGAAAGGUAAAGGAAAAGGAGCAGGCUCGUAAGGAGUACAGGCAAGCCAUAGAGAAAGGCCAUGGAGCCUACCUGAUGGACCAGGAUGCACCUGAUGUAUUUACCAUCAGUGUAGGGAAUCUUCCUCCUGGAGCCACAGUUUUGAUCAAGGUGACGUUCAUCACUGAGCUGCUGGUCAGAUCAGGCUCUAUAGUCUUCUCACUGUCCGGCAGCGUGGCACCAUGGGAACAGAGAGCCGCCCUUUAUCAGACAACUCAGGCCACUGUUGAAAAGAUUGGUGUGACAGAGCUUCAUUCAGAAGGGGAGUUUUCUCUGUCUAUGUCCAUUGAAAUGCCUUAUGAGAUUAUCAACUUAAGCUCUUCGCACCGCAUCAAAACCAAGAGGACAGACUGUAAGGCAGUGAUCAGCACGUUACCGGGACAGACACUGGGAUCUGAAGGGCUACAGGUGUCCUUCGGUCUUUCUAAUAUCCACAUGCCCAGAAUGUGGGUCGAGAACCAUCCAGAUAAAGAUAGUCAGGCCUGUAUGCUGGUGUUUUAUCCAGACUUUAAGUCAAGCGUGGUGUCCGGCUCUGGAGCUCCGUCUAAUGUGAGCGAUGUGGUCAUUCUACUGGACUCCUCCAAGUCCAUGCAGGGAGACGCCAUGCUGAACGCCCGCAGGAUUGCCCUUCAUGUCCUCAGAUCUCUGGACCGCUCACUGAAGAUCAACAUCAUCUCUUUCAGCACUGAUUACAGGGAAGCUUUUCCUGCACCAGUGGGUUUAGAUGAAGCAUCUGAAGCAGCCAGGAAUUUUAUUAUGUCGUGUGGUGGCUCUGGUGGCGGCACUGAUCUGUGGCGGCCUCUCCGGAGUCUGAGUCUGCUGCCUCCCUCCCGGGGCGUGAGGAACAUCCUGCUGCUCUCUGAUGGACAUGUUCAGAACCAGCCUCUGACCCUACAGCUGGUCCGAGAAAACUCCUGCCACACGCGCCUCUUCACCUGCGGACUCAGCUUGACAGCUAAUCGUCAUAUGCUCAGAGCUUUGGCUCAGGCAGGUGGAGGAACAUAUGAGUUUUUUGACACAAAGAUGAAACACACUUGGACAGAGAAGGUGCGGGCUCAGGUUCGGCGUAUGGAUUCUCCAGGCUGCAGAUCAGUGGCAGUGAAGUGGCAGCAGUUUAAUCCCACAGCGUCCCGUCCUGUUCAAGCCCCCUCACAGCUUCACGCUCUCUUCACUGACUGUCACACUCUCGUUUACGGAUUUGUGCCACACUGCACUCAGGCCACACUGUUUGGUGAUUUGAGUGGACAAGAGAUCAAAACAAUGGUUUCCGCCACAGAACUGCAAAAGACAAAGGGAACUUUUCUUCACAAGUUAACAGCAAGAGCGAUUAUCAGAGACUAUGAAGAUGGCAUUCUAGCUAACAGUGAGGCAGAACACGAGGAGAAGAAAGCAGAGCUGAAGUCCUACAUCAUUGAGCUCAGUAAAGAGUUCUCCAUCUUGUCCCAUUUCACAAGCUUUGUCGCCAUUGAAGAGAGGAAGCAGAAUGAGCUUGACAUCGGAUUCACAGAUAUUCCUAAAAUCAUAUCGGAGGAGGAUGUGGAUAUUUUGCCAUAUAUGGGCUGGACUGAAGAGAACCUGAAGGCUGUGCAUAUUAGUCACAGCCUUGAUUCCCAGACAGGCACGACUAACGUAGCUGACCCGGUGGAUGGUAUUGGUUCUUUUAGCAUUCGUAGUCUCCAUCAAGAGUUAAUGGAACCUCUUUCCUUGAUUGAUAGUCAUCUCAUUUACCCUGCUGCCCAUUUUUUGUCCUCAGAGCCUCCUCACUCUUAUCUUAGUAGAUCUGAAUCAGGGCAAUACAUGGACUACGGACUUGUUUCCCAGAAAGAAAUCACUCCAAUAAUUUCCCCGAAGAGUUCUACCUUUUCCUGUCCCACAGAGAACUACACUGAGCUUGACAUCUCAAGUCAUGCUCUCUUUACAGAUCCUCCUCAUUCUUUUCUUCUCAAAUGUCAGCCAUGCUUUUGCAUUUCUUUAAGUCCUCCUGUUUCUCGCAGGAUGAGUACAUAUUUUUCCAAGAGGCAAUGGGCUGGUAACCCCAUUGUCUUCAAUCACCCUGUGUUGUCUGCAACACCCUCUCUCCCUGAAUCUGGUGGCUUUGGUAGAAAACUGAUAAGCAGACCAGUGGCCUGGAAUGAGCUGUUUGAACUUCAGCAUGAGGAUGGAUACUGGGAGUGCACUGACAGGCUGAGCAGGUUCCUCAACCUGGACGUGGACUUUUUCACAAAUGUCUUCCUUCAGGAGAAAGGCAUCCGUUCUUUUGGUGUGAAGGCUCAUGCUGCAAUUCUGAGGCUGGUAGCGACUCUGCUGGUAUUGCAGCUGAUCCGGGUGGAGCAGCUGGAAGUGGGACGGCUGCUCGAGUCUCUCCUCCGACUAAAAGAGUCCCAGGAGCCCAGACCGAUGUACUGGGAGGCAGUGAAGAGGGCCGUGGAGUGGGCCUGUCGGACAGACAGACAGUAUUCGUGUGUGUGCAGCAGGCUGGAGAUCGGCUGGGAUUGGGAAUCAUCUACUCGUCAACUACUGGGCUGUGAUCCUCCACACCCAUAUUCCCCUCUCAAACCAGUCCUGGAGAGGCGUAGGGAUGUAUCAGUCAUGUAGAAACUUGACAAAAACAUUCCUUUUCAUUGACAGUUGUUGCUUCACUUGGUGUUAGCUUAAUAUUGCAGAAAUGGCCUUAAGGUGUCUCAAAAUAUAUGUGGACACCUUUAGUCACACUUAAAAUUGUAUGUAAAAAAGUAUUUAAAAGUAAAUAAUGCAAAACUAACUAGUUAACAGGCCAGCUUGAUAACUGAUUAAAAUUGACAAGGAUCUUAACAAGUACAGUCCAAUAAAUCAAUUUUGGUGUCAAGUUUACUUUAUUUUUAUGAAACAGCAUAAUUGUAUAAUCACAAACCAAGUAAUCACUGUUUUUAUUCAUUAUACAGCUAUUUCAGUGAAUCAAGUGGUUGAAAAUGUGAAACGUUGAUUUGGAAAAUAAAUUAAUUUUUUUUAUUUUAAUAUAUACUUUAUUUCAAUUAUUUAAAGUAUUGUUUGUUAUUUUAAUUUUAGCUUUAGUUUAGUUUUAGUUAUCGUUUGUUAGAUCUUGUUAGAAUUUGGAUCCAUGACUUUUGGAUUUUGAUGGAAAUAUCAGAUCAAGCUCCAGAAAGCUGGGGCCUCAUUUAGAAAAUAUUGUGCAGAAACCAUUCUAAAUUUGAUCUUGGGAUUCAUCUCUCAAAUAUGCAUACAUUUGAUUAAUAAAAUGAACGUACGCACAGAAAACGCAUGUACCCCUCUCUUUCAAAUGUGAAAUCUAUGAAUGGCUUGUAAACGACUUCUAAUGAAUGUAAUUUACAUAUAAAAGAUCACCAGUCACCGUACAAAUCCUUUCAUUUAGAACAGCGAGCUGCAAGAACUUACAUUUUCAAAAUCCUGGAGUGUGUACGUCUGCUCAGACCCUGAUAUGACGCUAAGCACUUUUCCAUGUCAAAUGCAGUUUUUACAAAUAUGAGCACUGGCGGGGAUUUAAGCGUAUGCACACUCUAAAAUCAAAUCUGUGCAUACUCAUGCUUUAUAAAUGUGGCUCUAGAUCCUGUCAGAAAAUAUCUGUUUUGUCUGGUAACAGAACAACUAGUCAGUAAAAUUGUCUAAAUUGAAACAGCA